AUGACUGGGUGUUCAGAAAGGGUUGAGCAGUAUUCAACACUUUCUCAAGUGUUGAGUCAGCCCAUCUCGAGCAGCAUCCAGUGUGGCAAGCUGAGAUAUCAGAAGUAUUCGUUGUUCAACGGGUAUUUUCACAUCAAGUGGUACAUUUUAAUAAAAAACGUUAUUUUACUUUUUUAUCUUCUCCGAAUGAUUCAACUUGAUCACGUACAAUUAGAGAUGAACUGUUUGGUCCUCACGAGCAGCCCGAAUUCCGAAUGGAAAACAACGACGUGCACUCGUAGCGUUUGCAUGUGGCUACAUCAUAUAACAGGACUGUUACCUCGAUUCCUGCUUGUAGACAACGAUUACGUUUGUCUUGCAUUCCUCUUCAUCGGAGUUUUGAGCUGCCUUUUCCUUCUUACUCUUUUAUACUGGCAGGAGUGUGGGAGACAUGGCUCGCCAUUGAGAAAUCAAUGCCUGAGUUAUUUAUUGGUAACCCCCAGUGUUUUAUUUGAAGCAUUCGUGAUGUUUUUCUGCUUUUAUGGUAUUGUUAUGUCUCUGGAAUGGAGACUGAGAUUGUGGAAAACUCCAUCUUAUUGGAUUGCUGUACGAGCUCUCAUAUUUGCCGCUCUCUUAGUGAUAGCUUUAGCGGGAGAGAUAAUUCUACACUAUAUUGCUGUCCGUUAUUUAUGUGAUAGUCCCUCUGAAUAUUACCCCGUUCAUAAGGAUGUAUCUUCGCCCAGCGAAAGUGUUCUGGAAAUGCUGAAGAAUCCUCUUGUGCAUAUCCGUUCGAAUACAAACGUUCCUUCCAAGUUAAAUGGAAUUACUAUUAUGAAUAAUAAAAUGGCUCCUUAUGACAGCGAAGUGUCGUCUCCGUUCAGGGACAGUGGAAAUAUUACAUUCGAAUCGUCCGGGUAUGGCAAAUGUCGGCAGCUACACAGAGAUCGUUCUUCUCUGGUUUCGGCUGAAGAAGUGAUGUCUCGAGACCGUCCUUUGGGUUUCCGACCGCAUCUGCAGUACCUUCCUGGAGAUUGCGGUGAUGCAUGCGGUACGAUGGGAGGAUCGGAUUAUCAACAGAUAAAGCCUAUAUACCCUUGUUAUAAGCCUGGGCGAAUACCGAUUUCUUCCCAAAAUAGUAUGGAUCAGGAUACUACUUACUUGGAAGUUGUGUAG